AUGUCUGGAGGACACGACGAGUUGAAGCUUAACUCUGAUGAUGCUUUCAAGCUCUUGGCUUGCGAAUCGCACAUCGGUACCACUCAAGUCGACUACCAAAGCGAACAAUACGUUUACAAGAGACGUGCUGAUGGUAAGGCUUUGUUUUUACAUUGUUUUGGCUUUUAGGUAUAUUUGUGAACAGUGUUUUGCCGGACCCGUCCGGUCCGGACCGAAAAAAAAGUUCCGGACCGGUCCGGAAAAAAAUUUUUUUUUUACAUGUUUUUAAGAGUUUUUAAACGUAAAGAAAGCAGUUUUAGCGCUCCUGGCUCUUUUUUAAAAAUAAAAAAAAAUUUUCCGGACCGAAAAAAAUUCUCAUCCGGACCGGUCCGGCAAAACACUGUUUGUGAAGACUGUAGCGAAGAAUUGAAUAAUUUUGAGAGCUCUAAACUUUAAAAUCUUAAUUUAUAUUAACAUUUUGUUAUGAUUAAUAUUUUUUUAGUUUUUGGAGGGGUCUUCAGGAUUUUAAUUUUCAUAAAGUUGAUUUUUUAGGUACCUUAUUAAAUUCUAUUGUUGAUUACAAUAUUUUUGUUAUUUUAGGUACCUACUUGAUCAACGUUGCCAAGACCUGGGAGAAGCUGUUGUUGGCCGCUCGUGCCAUCGCUGCCGUCGAAAACCCAGCCGAUGUGUGCGUCGUAUCGUCUCGCGAAUACGCUCAACGUGCUUUGCUGAAGUACGCUGCUCACACUGGAGCUACACCAAUCUUCGGCCGUUUCGUUCCCGGUUCUUUGACCAAUCAGAUCCAAAAGAACUUCCGUGAGCCACGUCUCAUCGUUGUCUCCGACCCACGUCUGGACCAUCAAGCUAUCACUGAAGCUUCGUAUGUCAACAUCCCAGUCAUUGCCUUCACCAACUCUGACUCGCCAUUGAAGCACGUCGAUAUUGCUAUCCCAUGCAACAACAAGGUAGAUUUUUUGUUUUAAGUUUUCUUUUGAGGUUUUAAGUAUGGUAAAUAAUGUUUUAUUAUGGUUUUUACCGGUUUGAAUAUGAAAAAGGACAAAAUUGUGGCUGUUUUCUUAUUUAUGUUUGAAACUCUUCAAUAACUAUAGCAACAGUAAGCUUUUGAUUUAUGGAACGUUUAAUUUAUUGCCUUCUGUUAGCUGAAAAUUCAAAUAUAAUAGUAUGGCAUGGGAUACUUAGAAUCUAAUUUAUAUUAUAAUUGGUCUAUUUGAAAUCUUAAUUUGGCUUUUUUAGGGUAUCCAAUCCACCGGUCUUUUGUGGUGGUUCUUGGCCCGUGAGGUUCUCCAACUCCGCGGCAAGAUCUCUCGCUCUACCGGAUUCGUGUUGGAAGACAAGCUCAUCAUGCCUGACUUGUACUUCUACCGUGACCCAGAAGAGACCAAGAAGGAGGAGGCUGGUGAGACCACCGAGGACAAGCGUGACGUUUUCGAUGCUGGAAACACAAGACAAGAGGACUUCACCACCGGAAUCCCCGGCACCGAGCCAAUGAAGAUUGACUUCAAAUUCCAACAGAUCGACGAUUGGGCCGCCGCUUCAUCAGACCAGCCACAAGGUCAAGGAGAACAAGCCGCCACCACCGAAUGGGGAGCUUCCGGCAGCGGCUGGAACUAA